AUGAAAAAUCUAAGAGUUAUAUGGCAUUGUUUUCUUCCUGCCAAUGGGCCUUUUGAAAACUUGGAGAAGUUGUAUUUAAGUGAUUGCCCACGGUUGACAUUUCUCUUCACAUAUGUGGUUGCUCGAAGUUUGGAAAAAUUGAAAAUAUUAAAAAUAUCAAGAUGUGAUGAACUGAAGCAUAUAUUAGCAUAUGAUGAGAAAGCAGAGAAAAGUGAAGAUGAAUUCACCAGUGGUCAUCCUGUACAAAUCUUCCAAAAUCUUCAGAAAGUAAAGGUAUUUAGCUGUCGAGAAUUAAAACAUAUAUUCUGGGCCAACAUUGUAGGAGGCUUAACUCAAUUGAAAGUUCUCGAGAUAGAAGAAUGUGACAUGCUAGAACAAAUAAUUGGAGAUAUUGUUCCAUUAACAGAAAUCGCUGAGGAAGGAAAUCAUCCACAUUUAUAUAACACUUCAAUUCCAACAACAACAGUUGUGAAGCAAAGCCCAGGAACUCUAUCCAGUCUUGUAAGCCUUAAGAUUAAACACUGUGGGAAGUUAGGCCCAAUUUUUACAGCAUCGGUAGCUAAGUCCUUGACUACUUUAGAAGAAUUGUUCAUACAUAAGUGCAAAAGUUUGAAAGAUAUAGUAACUCAGGAGAAAAGCAUUAUUGAGGAUGAGCAUGAUUGUCAGAGUGAUAUUUCAAUCUUCCAAAGUUUGAAAAAGCUACAUAUCAGUGAAUGUGACUUAUUGGAGGGUAUAUUCCCUGUUUCUUUUGUUGGAGAAUUGGAUGAUAUAACAAAUAAAGAGGCUGCUGAUUUGAAAGACUUCUCUAGUCGAAAUAAUACUCAAAUUGAGCUUCCUGCUUUAGAAGUACUUGAACUUGAUCAUAUUCGGAACAGAACCAUAGUUGGUAGUUAUGAUGUGAUAUGUCCAUCUUUAAGAAAACUAUCAUUGGAUAUUGGGAGAUAUGUUGGGUUUUUCAACAUAAAUUGUUCAACAGAUGCUUCAGAAGCUACAAAAAAGGAUUUUAUUGCAAUCAAGAUAUCGAACUCAGAUUUUGUUCCCCCGAUUGAAAGUGUUCAGUGUCUUUCAGAACAGCCACAUGGUUUGAACUUGAUUACGACACACAAUAUUAGAGAGAUUGAACUGAAAGGCUUUAAUAAGGCAAGGUACCUUUUUAAACUGUCCAUUGCUUCAUCAUUGAUGAUGUUGGAAAUUUUGAUAAUUGAGCAUUGUCAUGGACUUGAGUACAUUAUAGACACUGAUGAUGAAUAUGGCAAAGAGAGUAUGAAGGCUAUCUUUCCUAACUUAAAAAAGCUCUCAGUAAACAAGUGUUUCUGGUUGAAAUAUAUGUUUGGGCAAUAUGACGUAGCUAAUAAGGAUUAUAAGGAGAUUCAUAUUCAAUUCUCAGCAUUGGAAUUACUCUCUUUUAAUGAUCUACCAAAGUUUGUUAGCAUUUGUUCUACCAACACUUUCACUGUGACGUGGCCAUCUUUGAAGGUCUUUGAUUGUUACAAUUGUUUCUAUCCAUUUUAUGGUUCAAGAGAGCCUAUUAUCACAAGUGCGAAGGAUCUGAAAGGGAUUCAGAACCAUCUCCCCACUUUGAAAACUCUAAACAUAAAGCAUUCUGAUGCAGAAGGUAUAUUUUUUCUUAAUGAACAUGAAAUGAUUGGCCAACAAGUCAGUUUAAGGUUAAAGAAGUUUGAGUUAGAAUUUCUACCUCAAAUGACUUAUAUUUGGGUGGGUCCCAAAAAUUCACUUACUCUCCAACAUCUUACCACAUUAACAAUAACCGAAUGUGAAAAGUUGGAAGUAAUCUUUUCAAAGUCUGUUGUAAGAUUCUUACCAGAGUUGAAGCUUUUGAAGAUAAGGAAAUGCAAAGAAUUAAGAGAAAUAAUUGAAGGGGAUGACCUUGUUUCUCCUCAGCCAUGCUUCCCAAAACUAGAAGCAUUGCAUGUUGGUCAUUGCCACAAGUUGAAAAGAUGUUUCUCUGAAUCUACUUCUGAUGACCUUCCCAAUCUUCAUUUUCUGGCCAUAAAUGGAGCCAAUGAACUAGAAGAGCUUGUUGGAUGUAAACAAGGAAUGACUAAAGUUGAGCUUCCAAGACUCAAACUUUUAAUAUUUAUGCAUCUUCCAAACUUCCGUCAAGAAAUUGAAUUGCAUAAUUUAAAGAAUCGCAUUGUCUACAAAUGUCCAAAACUCUCUUUCACUUCAACAACUACUCUUGAGAAGCUCCGUUAUGAUUUUCCUCACAAAGGUUCUGACUUGGUUGAUAAAGAAGGUGAAAUGGGUUUUGUUUCUAAUGACCACAUUUUGGCUUUGAGAAAUGAAGAAGCAGAGCAGGAAUUUGUUGCAGAAGUUUUCACUUCAGAAAAUACCAAGAAUAGCAACAUCAUUAACAAACUCGCAAACAGUUGA